AUGAUAGUGGAGGUGAAACAUAUAUUGAUUGGACUAAUCAUUGUGUUAAUAGUGUAUGUUGUUUAUCUUGAAGUCUUGAAGAGUAACAACGAUAUAAAUCAAAUUUAUUUACAAGAACAAUCAAAUCAAGAUUCAACUCGAUUAUUUCAUGAAUCACCCAUUUAUAAAUCAAACAAAUUGGAUUAUGGUGGUGGAUUAAGAAUUGGAUUGGAUAUUAGGUAUGAUCAUUAUAAGAUUCGUCAUGGUAAUUUGAAUGAUAUUUGGAGUAUAGUGAUGAAUGGUGUUGAGAAAAAAGGAGGCAAUAGAAAGGGAAUUACGAUAAAUGAUUCAUUUAAAUCAUUUCGUAAAUUGAAUUAUCAAGUGAAUAAAUUCCAGCAAUUCUUAAUUAAGCAUGAUAUUAAAUCAUUAAAAAUUAAUCAAAGAUUGUUUUUGAAGUCAUUCGAUUUAUUUGUGAUUAUUAUUAGUUCAUUCAUUAAUCAAACCAUCAUUGAAUUUUAUGAUAAUUAUAAGAUAUUAGAAGAUGAUAAAGGAUGGAUUGUGAUUGAUGAUGAAGAAAAGUCCCUCAUAGAUCAUCCCAAUUAUAUCAAUAUUAACGAUCAAACUAUCUUCAACAUAAAUGAUAAUAACGAAUCAUCCGAUUUUCCAUAUGAAUAUAAUCCCAGUAAGGAUAAAGGAGUAUGUUUUAAACUUAUCGGUAAGACUUUAUCAGGAAAUCCCAAUAUGAUUUCCACCGUUGAAUUCACUCAAUUAAAUAUCAUCAGUGCUAUUGCAUCAAGUUUGAAACAUUUACCUCCUGGUCAUGAAUUAUCAUCAAAAGAUUCGAUUUUAGUAGUGCAAUCUAGUACUAAUAAAUUUUCGUCGUUGAUGAAUGAAAUGGUUAAGAUCUUGAUGGGAUUAACUAGUAAUGCAAAGGUAUACAUUCAUAAUGAUGAUGAAUUCAAAUGGGAUCAAUCCAUGGCAAAGAUUGAUCCAACGAUUUUAUCGAUCAAUAGUAAACAAUUAUCAUCUGUCAAUUCAUUCAAAUCGAAAUUAAAUUCAUUGCAACCUAUUAUCCACAAACAUAAUUUGAAAUCCCUUGAACAAGGGAGGUUCCCAUCCCACCAACUUGAAAAACUCCACCCCGGAAACUUACGAAUCAUCUACCUUUCCGAAUCCAUCACUUCCCCACCCCAAUUCUCAUUCGCCGACUUGAAUGAAUUAAGAAGUAUCCUAUCCACGCGAAUAAUUUACGAAUUCAACACCUAUAACGUCUCUAGUGCCAUCAUUCAUACUGAUAUGUUUGAUUAUCGAGAUUUCAAAGUGAAGUGUAAAUCAUGGGGAUGCUUAAGUCAAUCGCUUGAGAUUAAAUUAAUUAAUGUCGAUGAAAUGUCUAAAAUUGGGGAUGUAAUGAUUAGAGGGUUUAUCAUUGGGAAAACGAUGAAUAAAUUCUCCACCAAUAACAUCAAUGAAGAUAAUGGUAAGCUGAGUUCGGGAGAUGGAUUUAUGCCAUUGGUUAAUGUUAGAGGGAAAUGGGGUAAUGAUGGAUGUUUAUAUAUAGUUUGA